AUCUCUCCAUCUCUCCCUCCCUCUCCCUCAUCUCAAAUUCUCCCCAAAUACCUCCCCUUUCUUUCAUCUCUUUUUCGUUUGAUCUUUACACGGAAUCAGAAAACAUGUCAGCCGCCGUAGCUGCUGCCGCUGCCUCCUCUUGCUACUCUUCUACAACCACCUCUUCUCGCAGUCAGAACCAGUACCAGUACCAGUACCAGCAUCAGCACCAUUCAGUUUUAUCUUCACUUCCAGCCUCCUCUCCUUCUCCGCCGCUAGUUUUACCCUCCUUCAGUCGAUACGAGACACAAAAAAGGCGAGAUUGGAACACGUUUCUGCAGUAUCUCAGAAACCACCGACCGCCGUUGGCUCUGUCGCGAUGUAGCAGCGCGCAUGUGCUCGAAUUUUUGAAAUAUCUCGAUCAAUUCGGGAAGACCAAAGUGCAUGCUCAGAAUUGUCCCUUCUUUGGGCACUCUCAGGCACCGGCUCCUUGUCCCUGCCCGAUCCGGCAGGCGUGGGGCAGCCUCGACGCACUUAUCGGGAGGCUCCGAGCCGCCUUCGAGGAGAACGGCGGACGGCCUGAAACAAACCCUUUUGGCGGGCCGGCUGUGAGGCUUUACCUGAAGGAAAUAAGAGAUGAGCAGAGUAAAGCUAGAGGGAUUGUGUAUGAAAAAAAGAAGAGAAAGAAGGGAGAAAAUAAUUUAGGAUAAAUUAAGAGUGUUUGUAUUGUGGGAAAAUUUAACGAUGUUGAAUCGUUACUGACCCAGAUUAGAUCGAUGGAGAAUGGAUAAUGGAUAAUAUAGUAUAAAUAACGAAGAAAAUCGAUGUUGGAUCAUCACUGAAUGAUAUAAAUAUGGAGCUAGUCUGCUGUUUGAUCGAGUGUUUCAUGCAUAUGAAUCCAUUGAUUGAUUUAUGAUCCAUUUAAAACUAUAUUGUUGAA